AUGGAAUACCAGCACCAGCAACAGCAACACGGCAUUCAGCCGGCCCCGGAAUACACCCAGCAGCCCCCAGGGACAAACUCCACACCGCAUCCCUACGGGCAGCUCCCGUCGACGCCCCAGGGCUACCAGCAGCAAGAUAACAUGCGUGCCACCUACACCGAGAGCGCCAACGUGCGCAACCAGAAAUGGGAGAACAGUCUCUGCAACUGCGCCCCCUGCGGCUCAUGCCUCCUCGGCACCUUUCUCCCCUGCAUGCUCCUCGGCAAGACGUCGGAACGGAUGCGCGACCCGACGAUGCGCAACUACCAGCCCAUCAACGUCGACUGCGUGCUCAUGUGCGGCAUCACGUAUUUCACGUGCUGCGGGUGGAUCUAUGCCAUGAUCAAGCGCGGCGAGAUUCGCGAGCGCUUCCACAUCGAAGGGUCCGGGCUGCGCGACUGCUGCACGACGUACUGGUGCCCCUGCUGCGCGCUCAUCCAGCAGGACAAGGAGGUUGCGCGGAGGCUCGCGACCGGGCCGAUCGUGCAGGGGUAUCAGGGGAACAAGGAGGGCAUGAACAUGAACCGCCAGGUGUGA